AUGAAUUUUAAAAUUCGACCUGCUACUAAAGAAGACUGUAAAGGGAUAUCAAGAAUGAUAAUGGUGAGUUUCGGUGUGUUGCUGUAACUGAACUAGCUCCCAGACCUGUUUUAAAACCCCCUCUCCAAGAAUACUGCCAUGCUUCAGAAAGCUGACAGUAAUGCACCUGUCCUCAAUGUUAGUGGUAUUUUGCAUAAUGACAAGACCAGAUAUAUAAUGUUAAUAUAAUAUUUCCUUUUUCUCAGGAGUUGGCAGUGUAUGUAAAAAUGCCAGACCAAGUGAAGAUAUCCCAUGAAGGUAAUUCUGCUUUUACCUGGGGACAGAACAAGCAUAUUAGGGGGACAUGGGGUCUGGAAACAAGAUCCUAGUCCAAAAUCACAUUACCCAGACAGGCUUGAUGUGGACUUGCACAUUACAGAAGGCAACAGUCUCAGUAAAUCAGCCACAGUUUUGUAAAACUUCUUAUUCCAUUUGUGACAAUUGUCAUCCAAAGCUUGAUCACUAGUGUUUCCUUACGAGCCACAAGAUGCUUUUGUGUCAAUAUCACCAUUUGUUUGAAUGCUAGUUGAAGUUUGAAUACAAGGCCAAGUUAAAUGGUUCAUUUUCAGUUAAUAAUCUGCUGUUUUGACUCAAGAACUGGAGCGUGAUGGUUUCUGCCAGAAUCCCUUCUUUGAAUGUCUUGUUGCUGAAGUGCCAGAAGAGAAUAAAUCAACAGAAGGUAAAGUGUCUGUCUCAUGCAAUAAUACUCUGCUGCAAACUCUCGCAUUAUUUUCACAUAAGAAAGUUCCUUGUAGAGAUGCCCUAAUUUUUCCUUCUUAGUGCUUAAACUGAAGAUAGACACAUGAUGUUAUAUGGUAACUGAGUUAAUACUAUUCAGGACAUGAUGAGACAGCUAAGUAUAACACACAGGCAGGGUUAUUCUGGCAAAGCUCUUAGAUAAACUUCAACUUGAUGUCUUUUCUUUACAAUCAAUAGCAUCUGUCACUGUAGAUGAUGCAUGGAUAUGUGUAAACUUUCCCUGAGAUUUUAAUGACUUUAACAAUGUAGAGUUAAACUGAUUUUAAUGGCAGGCACACAGGUGCUUCCUACAUGGUAUUUAGUUAAGUUACAAUCAUUAUUUUUAGCAUAAUUAUCUCGUUUGAUAGCUUUACUCUUUUGUCCCCAUAGGAUUCACGCUGGUUGGAUACGCUUUUUACUUUUACACCUACAGUACAUGGAAGGGGCGGUCAGUAUAUUUGGAGGAUCUGUAUGUGAUGCCAGAAUUUAGAGGUAAAAUAUGGGUUGAGUUUAUGAAUAAAAAAACCUACAUUCAUAUUAAGCAAUGUGAAAAAUUGAUUUGUUUCUGAUAAGAUGCUCCUCUGUUGGAACAUUUUGUUUUGUUUGCUUGGCAGGAAAUGGCAUUGGUAAAGGUUUACUCAGCAAAGUAGCAGAGGUAAGUUUGUUUUUUGUCAGUCACUGAUCACAGUUUUUCUGAAUUGACCCUAGAGGGAAUAGAUGAGGUGUGAUAGCAGGGCACGAUUAACCAAAGAAGUGUUUGAUUUGUUUAGGUGGGGAAAAAGAAGCAGUGUGUGCGGCUGCAGAUGUCUGUGUUCGACUGGAAUACUCCAUCUCGAGACUUUUAUGCCGCUAAAGGAGCUCAAGACCUCACUGAAAGUGAGGGCUGGCAUUUCAUACGCUUUGAUAACCAAAGCCUGGACAAUUUAGCAAAUGAAGCACCUAAAGAUUGA